CUGGCGGGCGGCCUGAGAGCGCGCGAGGAGCCGCCGCCGCCGCCGCCGCUCGGGGUCGCCUUGAGCCCCAGAUUCCCCAGCGCUCCGCUCGCAUGGCAACCACCUCGGCGCCCGGCCCCGCAGCCCGCUAGGGGCGGCCCCGCGCUCCGGCCCCUCGGCGGAGCCCGUCGGUUCCGGCCUCGCUCUGCGCCCAGGGGCGCGCCGCCUCCCAGCCGGAGGUGUCCGCACGUCCGUCCGUCCAUCCGUCCGUCCCUCCUGGGGCCGGCGCUGACCAUGCCCAACGGCUGCCGCUGCCUACAUCUCGUGUGCCUGUUGUGCAUCCUGGGGGCACCCGUUCAGCCUGCCCGAGCCGAUGACUGCAGCUCCCACUGUGACCUGGCCCACGGCUGCUGUGCGCCUGACGGCUCCUGCAGGUGUGACCCAGGCUGGGAGGGGCUGCACUGUGAGCGCUGUGUACGGAUGCCUGGUUGCCAGCAUGGUACCUGCCACCAGCCCUGGCAGUGCAUCUGUUACAGUGGCUGGGCGGGCAAGUUCUGUGACAAAGAUGAGCACAUCUGCACCACGCAGACCCCCUGCCUGAACGGAGGCCAGUGCGUAUAUGAUGGCGGUGGCGAGUACCAUUGUAUGUGCCCACCAGGCUUCCAUGGGCAUGACUGUGAGCGCAAGGCUGGACCCUGCGAGCAGGCAGGAUCCCCAUGCCGGAAUGGCGGGCAGUGCCAGGAUGACCAGGGCUUUGCCCUCACUUUCACGUGCCGCUGCUUGGCAGGCUUUGUGGGUGCCCGCUGUGAGGUGAAUGCAGAUGACUGUCUGAUGCGGCCCUGUGCCAACGGCGCCACCUGCCUGGAUGGCAUAAACCGCUUCUCCUGCCUCUGCCCUGAGGGCUUUGCUGGACGCUUCUGCACCAUCAACCUGGAUGACUGUGCCAGCCGCCCAUGCCAGAGAGGAGCCCGCUGUCGGGACCGCGUCCAUGACUUUGACUGUCUCUGCCCCAGUGGCUAUGGUGGCAAGACCUGUGAGCUAGUCUUACCUGUCCCAGAUCCCACCACCACAGCGGGCAUCCCCCUGGGGCCCACCUCGGCUGUGGUGGCACCUGCCACAGGGCCUGUCCCCCACAGUGUGGGGGCUGGUCUGCUGCGCAUCUCAGUGAAAGAGGUGGUGCGGAGGCAGGAGGCCGGGCUAGGUGAGUCUAGCCUGGUGGCCGUGGUGGUAUUUGGGGCCCUCACUGCUGCCCUGGUCCUGUCCACAGUGUUGCUGACCCUGAGGGCCUGGCGCCGAGGUGUUUGCCCUGCUGUGCCCUGUUACUACCCUGCCCCACACUAUGCCCCGGCGUGUCAGGACCAGGAGUGCCAGGUUAGCAUGCUGCCGGCAGGGCUCCCCUUACCCCCUGACCUGCCCCCAGAGCCUGGAAAGACUACUGCACUGUGAUGGACGUGGGGGCUUUCCGGCCCCUCCUUCACCUCCUCCACCCUCAGACUGGAGUGGUCCUUCCUCACCACCCCUCAGCGGGGCACACAGAGGGACCUCUGCCCCACACCAGAAAUAUUAUUUUUUUAGUACACAGAAUGUAAGAUGGGAAUUUUAUCAAAUAAAACUAUGAAAGUGCA